AUGAGGGGUGGUGGUGGAUGGUCCCCCUGUCUUCAAGCCCUGGGCGGACGAAGGGGCCUCUGGAAAGACAGGAGGAGGAUGGCCAGUGGAAAUGGGCUCCCUUCAUCCUCAGCCCUGGUGGCCAAGCGCCCCUCCGCCCUGGGCCCAUUCCCCAGAUACAUCUGGAUCCACCAGGACACACCCCAAGACAGCUUAGACAAGACUUGCCACGAAAUCUGGAAAAGAGUUCAAGGCCUGCCCAAGGCCUUGCAGCCCAGGACCGCAAAGGAACAGCUCUCUGCCCAGGUGGCUGGGACUCCGAGAGACAACGGGCUCAACUUCCAAGAAGGAGCCCCGGAGCCCUGCCAUGGCAAAGACGAGAUCUCCCUGUUGGUGGAGCAGGAGUUCUUGAGCCUGACCCAGGAGCACCUCAUCCUCGUCACAGAGAGCCCGCCGCCCACGGGGCCCCGACGGCUGGCUCCCUGCCUGCCCGUGCCUCCCCGGGGGACAGGCAGCACCGAGGGCCCGGGAGCCCCCAUUGCGGCUGGCGACACGCUCCGGGAGCCAAAGGUGGCCGUGUCUGUCCUCAGCGGCCGGCCGGACUGUGACUCGGUUGUGUCCACGGUGACGGGCAUUCUGCGCGCUGCCAAGGUCAAGAGCGUCAAGGGGGCGGACGCUGGGGGCCGCACGCCGGGGGCCCCCAACUCGGAGGUCGGCAGGCUCCUGGUGCAGCUCCCGCUGAAGCCGUCGGCUGCCAGCCAGGCCCCCGACACCGGGGCGGUGCAGGAGCACACGAGGGCCAUCAAGGAGGGCUUCCUGCAGAACGGCACGCUCGGCGACCCGGGGCCCAGGGAUGCCCUGGCACUCGGCCCGCUCCUGCUGCUUCCGCCGGCCCCCCCGCCGGCCCCCCCGUCGUCCGCGCCCCCUGACAAGCUCCCCGAGCUCCCCACUCAGAAGAGGCAGCUCCCGGUGUUUGCCAAGAUCUGCUCCCAGCCCGAGGCUGACGUGGCCACAGAGGGGCAUCCGCUCGUGGAAUGGAACCCUGGCACCAAGGAGCCGACAAAGGGACGAGAGAGCCUCUUUCUCAGUCAGUGGCCCCAGACCCGGAAGGACACCUGCGGCAAGGAGGGCUGCAGUGACCCCGGGGGCUCCGUGUCCGUGGCCCUGCCGGCCAAGAAGUCCACGUGGCCUGCCGAGAAGAACCUGCUCUAUGAGUUUCUUGGGGUCGCCAAGAACCCAAGCGGGCCGCUAAAGCUUCACAGCAAAGUGGAGGUGGAAGGACUGGAGCUGAAAGUUAACCCGCCGGGGACCAUGGCCGACAAGAGCAACCUCAAGUAUACAGGGAACGUUUUCACCCCACGCUUUGCCACGGCCCUGACCUCGGCCACCCUGAACCAGCCACUCUGGCUCAACCUGAGCUACCCGCCUCCGCCCGUGUUCACAAAUCACUCCACCUUCCCACAGUAUCAGGGCCUGUACCCGCCGCGCGCAGCCAGGAUGCCCUGUCAGCAGCCCCUGCAGCCCCCGCUGGGCUGCUCCUCCCAGCAGGUGACGCCGUACAGCCCACAGCAGGUGGGACAGCAGGUGUUCCGCUCUUCCUACGCCCCCCUGCUGAGCUACAUCCCCUUCAUCCAGCCCGGCUACCCGCACCCUCAGAGGACACCUCCAAAGCUGUGCAGCCAUCCCCGCGACCCUUCCCCGAUGGCGGGAGACGGGCCACAGUACGUGGUCUCCCAGGCGUACGGGUUCGGCUCGACGGCUGGCGGGCCCCUGGUGAACAGCCCCUAUUUUUCCUCCAGUGGGAAUGGCAUAAACUUUUAG